AUGGAUGCCUUGCUACUGUGUUUGGCCGUCUUGGUUAUAGUCUACAUCAUCAAUUCAUUCUACUUCACAAUCCCGCUCCCUCAGGGGGUGACCCUCAUAAGAGAGCCUCCGGGGAAACGCAGCUUCAGCUUCAGGACGCGACUCGAGUAUAUCAACGACUGUGAAGCUAUAUUUCGUGAAGCUUAUCACAAGUACACCAAGAAAGGCAAUGCCGUCAUUGUCCCAGGCAUCGGGUUUCGCUACGAAAUUAUCCUCCCAGCGUGCUCCAUGCGCUGGGCACUCACACAACCCGAGAGCAUACUUGGCGUCAAUGAGGCAUUUGUAGAAAUCGACCAGGUGUAUUACAGUCUCGGUCAUACAAAAUAUGUCGGCGAUGCUUGGCAAGCCAAUCUAGUGAGGGACGAGAUGAAUGUCGUCUUGGAAAACAUCGUUACAGCAAUGAAUAACGAGUUGCAAGCUGCCUUUGAUACUCGUUUUGGCACAGACGAGAAGAACUGGAGGAGAGUUGACUUGUUGGAGACGGUGCGAUUGAUAGUCGCUCAAGCAGCUAGUCGCUUUACAGUUGGCUUGCCGUUGUGCCGCAAUGAAGAGUACAUCAGAGACGCCUUGGAUGCUGUGGAUGGUUUUAUCAUCACUGCCGGGCUUACCUUUGGCACGCCUGCUAUACUGCGUCCAGUUGUUGGCCGAAUUGCCGGUCUGAAGGCGCAUUUUGCACAGAAAAAGGUCAAACAGCACUUUGAGCCCACCUACAGGGCGCGACUGGAAACACUAAAGCACACAAAGGACGACGACCGGGACACUGAACCCCUAGAUCACUUGCAGCUCAUGCUUCGGUACGCUCAGCGAGAACGACCACACGAACUGCACGAUCUAGACGUGAUGUCAGGGCGCCUCACUGCUGCUAACCUCGGCUCCAUGCAUCUGACGAGUAUGCAGGUGACAAAUAUGCUCUUAAAUAUCCUGGGAUCAGACGCAGAGCACAGCACCAUCUCCAUCUUGCGGGACGAAGUUGCGCAAGUUAUGGGCAGCGACACAAAGUGGUCAAAGGGCCACAUCUCCAAGAUGAUCAAGGCAGAUAGCGUCGCUCGUGAGACGUUACGGUGUCACUCCUUCGGUGGGCGUGCAAUCUUUCGAAAGGUAAUGGUCGAUAACUUGGAGACCGACACGGGCGUUAAACUACCCAAGGGGACGAUAGUCUCCUUCCUCGGACAGCCAGCGCAAAUGGAUGAGGAUAAUUACCACGAACCGCUGAAAUUCGAUCCGUUCCGAUUUUCGCGUGGUCAGCAGGGUGAGGGUGCGACGUUUUCUGCCGUGGUGAAGAGGCAGGCAUUUGUGACGACGGCCCCGGAUCAUUUACCAUUCGGCCAUGGAAAGCAUGCUUGCCCUGGGCGGUUCUUGGUUGAUUUUGAGCUGAAGAUGAUAAUUGCUUACGUGCUUACACACUAUGAUCUUGAGUUUCCGGAGGAGUAUGGCGGGGGUUGA